CUCGAGUCCACCACCUUCAACCAGCCGCUAUUUACUCGCAUCCUGCGCUUCUGGUUUGCGGGGCUUCCCUACGGCGCCACGGCGGCAAAUCCGCAGCUUCUGUUCAAGUGGUUUGGCCGCGUAGAUCCGGACAGCAAGGCGAUAUUCGACGCCUCUUGUAGGGAAUUGAGCGCGGGCGCUCUCGCGUCCAUUGGGCCCGAUCGCCUUCAGCUGCCCUCGUUCCAGGGCUACGCGGAGGAGCGGGCUCUUGCGCUCCACAUUUCUGCACCCUUUCGCAAUGCGAUUCAACGCUGCAGCAGUCAUAAUGACAGCAGCAGUGGCGGCGGCGGCUGCGAUUUGCGGCCUGCCGAUGUGGCUCUGGCGAUGAUGCUACUGCUGGACCAGAUGCCACGCAAUAUCUUUCGUAAAGUCGAUGAGCUGGGCGUGGUGUACGCGCACUACGACCGCCUCGCACGUGCGCUGCUGUACUGCGUCCUGCACCGGCAUCGUCCGGACGGCAGCUUUGAUGUCUACGGGCUUGAUCGCAGCGAGAACUUUAGACACUCCCCCGUCUACGGCUGCUUUUUCUACAUUACCUUGCAGCACUCUGAGGCAUUUGAAGAUCACGAUGAAUUUGACCGGCGGUCUGUGCAGCAGCUGAAAGACAUCAGACAGGGUGAUGUACUGGCUGAGAAGUUCAUCAAGUCUGGAAUACAGUUUGAGCAGGAGCACAGGGCUCUGCUUGAGAGAUUCGGGAGAUAUCCCUACCGCAACAAGGCACUCGGGCGUGAGUUCACGACAGACGAGGAGAAGUAUCUUAGGGAGGAUGGUGAGACUUUUGGU